AUGGCGUCGGAACGCAUCAUCGGGGCGCUCGAGCACCUCAUAGCUCACAUCGUCCCCAACGACCCCAACCAUGACGCAGAGACUGCCCAGCGUCGUCAGGAAGCCAUCUUGAAGAAUGCGACAUCCAUCAUUGACAGUCCCUCAGGACCAUCCAUUUCCGCCGACGUAAACCAUGCCUCAGACCUCAUCAAGAGGAGGCUCAUCCAGACAAACCCCAGUCUGGCAUUGACAUUUUCAAACCUCUACUCGCGACUCCUCGCACUGCCCGUGCUCGACAACAAAUGGGCCAUCCUGUAUCUCCUCUACCAACUCGCCGACUCGCCAGACCCAAACGAACCUCUACCUCUCAGCCCCAUCAAACCAUCCGCGCCAAAUUACCGAGAAGCGGUCCACAGAGACGCCGUCAAAAGACAAGUCCGAGACCGGGGCAAGUCCGCAACCCCGGUCCCCAAGGGGGAAGAAGACCAGUUUCGAGAGGCCUUCCAUCCCGAGGGGCUGAGGCAUGUCCCCGGCCCGAAACCAGCAGCCAACGCCGGAAAAGAACACCCAAGGAGGGCCGUCUCCUUGCAAUCGACCUUGCUUGCCAACAACUACACGCAACUUGACCCUCCCGAGGCCGACAUCCUGCGAGAUCUCCCCUUCACCCUCCAGGGACUAUCGUCAACGACGCUUCCGUUUUCCAAGCCAGAAACGCUCAAGUUGCCCCCUACCGUUCCAUUACCUCUUGUGUCCAUUCUUCAUACCCUGGCCGAGCCCUCCCUCCUCUACCGAGGUCUCGACGAGUACUGCAAAACUCCAGCCCGGGGCCUGCUGGGGCAAAGUUUGCGCUCCGCCAUUGGCAGCCAGCUCCGAUCCUACCUCAGCCUCGUAGCCGCUCUAGAAGGCCAGAUCCGACGUGCGCUCCUGUCACUUGACCAAGACGCACCCCGGGGCGGCAUCGGAAAAGCCGGCGUCACGUUGAAAAGAUGCGUGGUGUGGACGCGGGAGGCUACAAUGGGCCUGCGGCUCAUGAGCGUCAUGGCCAAGGAGUCGGAGAACAAAACUGGCGGCCAACUCAUCUCUCUCAUCCACAGUUUCUCCUCAUCACAUGGCGAACCCACGGUUGCCGCGUUCGCAGAGAGGCUGCUGGGCAGCUUCACGAAACCGUUUUACGAUAUAUUGCGUCACUGGAUCUACGAUGGAGAACUGUCAGAUCCGUACCAGGAGUUCUUCGUCCAGGAGCAGAACAAACCCGCCGACGUCGCCCACCUGAAAGGAGCCGGCAACGUCUGGACGGACAAGUACGAGAUUCACCAGAGCAUGGUCCCGAGCAUCAUCACCCAAGAUUUCGCCCAAAAGGUGUUUCUAAUCGGCAAGUCUCUCAACUUUAUCCGCCACAGCUGCGGAGACUCGGCAUGGGUCGAGGGAUACUCCAAGGCAGCGUCGAAGGAACUUGGAUACGGCGACACGGCAACGCUGGAAGCCUGGAUCGACGAGGCAUACAAGACCACCAUGAAGCGCCUCAUGGAUCUCAUGUCCAGCAAAUUCCACCUCUUUGAGCACCUGCAAGCCCUCAAGAACUACAUCCUCCUCGGCCAGGGCGAUUUCAUAGCUCUCCUCAUGGAGUCCCUCGCCACAAACCUAGAUUUGCCCGUCAGCGCCCAGUACCGACAUACCCUCACGGCCCAACUGGAACACGCCAUCCGCGGGUCCAACGCGCAGUACGACUCCCCCGAGGUCCUCCGCCGGCUCGACGCGAGGGUGCUCCAGCUCUCCGAGAACGACACGGGAUGGGACUGCUUCACGCUGGAAUACAAAAUCGACGCCCCCGUCGACGUUGUCGUGACCCAGCGGGGCAGUCGCCAGUACCUCAAAGUCUUCAACUACCUCUGGCGCAUCAAACGUGUCGAGUUCGCCCUCCUCACCACGUGGCGCCGGUGCAUGACGGGCGCGCGCGGCGUCCUGCAGAACUCGGACCCCGUCGUCUCCCAGACGUGGAAGUCCACGCGCGGUACGCUCGCCGAGAUGACGCACUUUGUCGGCCAGCUCCAGUACUACAUCCUCUUCGAGGUCAUCGAAUCAUCGUGGGACGAGCUCCAGAAGCGCAUCCGCAAGGAGGGCUGCACUCUGGAUGACCUCAUCAACGCCCACCAGCGGUACCUCACGGAUAUCACGCACAAAGGUCUGCUCGGCGCAAAGCGCCAAAGCCACGGCUCGGAAGACGAUGGCGGCGAGUCUUCGUACCGCGGACAACUCAGCCUCCUGCUCGAGCUCAUGCUGGACUACCGAAAGUCGGUUGAUGGCCUCUAUAGCUGGAGCGUCUCCGACUUUACGCGCCGCCAGGAGGCAGACGUGCGCACGUCCAUGCGAUCCGACGUGGAUGACACCAUCGGCGGCCGCAGGGACGUGCUGUCCGAGUUUCCUGAGCUGAGAAGAAGACUGCAGCAGCUGGGGGCCUCCUUCAGGAGCAGGUUGCAGAUUCUACUGGGUGAUUUGGCGUACCAGCCCGACGUGGACAUGAGGUUUUUGGGAGUGGCCAUGAACUUUAAUGAUGUGUAUCAGCCGACGAGGAGGAAGACGAGGACGGCGCCUGCUGCUGCUUCGGCGAACACCUCCAAGGCGUGA